CAACAAUUCACAGCAAGUCACCACACAAGAUUUUUUGGAUGUUUUCUGUUUUUCCGCCUGAUCUGUGAGAAAAGGGCAGCGGAGUUGUUGUUGGUGAAUCUCAUGACUUUACAAGACUAAUCAAGAAAGAUGAGUGCAUCCAAACACCACGAAAGUGGUGAAGUGAGAAUCGGACACUCUCUACACACGAAUGAGUGGGAGUUCGCAGCCAAAAGGAGAGAAAAUGUUUUUCAAAGCCUGCAGAAACUCGAGAUACACUGCAGUCAGAAUAAGGUGCCAAACAUUGCAUUACUGGGUUCUGGAGGAGGACAAAGAGCCAUGGUGGGUUUGCUGGGAUCCCUGGUUGAGCUCGAUAAAGCGGGUCUUCUGGACUGCAUCCUUUAUCUGAGCGGAGUCUCUGGAUCCACCUGGUGCAUGGCCUCCUUAUACCAAGAACCAGACUGGUCGACCAAGCUAGACACCGUGAAAGACAAAAUCAUCAAGAGACUCAGCGGUCCAGGAGUCAACUUGACAGAUGCAUUGGCCAAAUUGAAGAAAUAUUACUAUGGAAAAGACUUCUUCAGCUUGACUGAUGUCUGGGCAGUGAUGAUCAUCACAACGUACAUGAAAGAAAUUGAUGAACACACACUGACAGAUCAGUGGAAUCAACACAGCAAAGACCCGUUUCCCAUCUACACAGUGAAUGACAAGCAAAGCAAACAGGAGGCAGGAGUAGACCCCUGGUUUGAGAUCAGUCCAUAUGAAGCAGGUUAUUCCCUCACUGGAGCGUUUGUGGGAACAUCCAGCUUCGGCAGCCAGUUUGACAAAGGCUUAAAGAAAAAACAGCAGCCUGAAAUGGACAUGCUGUACCUGCAAGGUCUGUGUGGCAGCGCUUUAGCUGGAGAAGAUGAGCUCUUCAAAUCCUUCUGGGAAAAAAUAAAAGAUUUCUUGAAAGGUUCAAAGCCAACCAACGAAAUUAAUAUGUUUGAGGAAAUGAAGGAAGACCCAAAAGCCCCACCUGUAGAAAAGUGUUACCAGGUGCUCAUGGAUCUUGUGGACACAAAUCUCUGUGUUUUAAAUGGCAAAGAUCCUUCUGAUCUUCAUCAAUCCAUCAGAACAAAUCUGAAUGAGCUUGCUGGAGGCAAAAGUCAACUGAUUUUUUCAACACAAAAACUGAAUCUUGCUGAUAAAGAAGCUGCAAAACUGUAUAUUAAACAAUACACUAAGGAUGUAUGUAAUUAUUUGAGUCAGUUCAGUUUGGGGCCUUUCGAUCUUUUCUUGAGCAUUUGUAAAUGCAUAGUUCUGUGGAUCUGGGGCAGAAAUUAUAACUUCCUCCAGAAAAUGACAGAUGAAUCUUUGCCUUCUACUCUUCUGGAAACUGAAACAAGAGACUAUGAAGAUGCAGGACUGUUACUCAACUCGCCCUACAUCUCAGUACUGAGAAAAGAACGAAAGAUUGAUCUCAUCAUUUCCCUGGAUUUCAGUGAAAGCGAUCCUUUUGCGACGGUGAGAGAUACUGCCAAGAUGUGCAAGAAACUAAACAUCUCUUUCCCUGAAGUCAACAUUCUCAGUGAAGACUUGGAGAAACCAAAAGACUUUUAUGUAUUCAAAGGCAAAAAUGUUCCAACUGUGAUUCACAUCCCUCUGUUUAAUGUGGUCAACUGUGGAGACGACGUUGAGACCUGGAGGAACAAAUAUCGCACCUUUCAAGGUCCUUACAGCGCUGAGAUGAUCACUGAUCUUUUGGAGGUGGCUGGAAAAAACAUCUCAAACAACAGAGAGAAACUGAAGGAGCAGAUUCGAGUGGUCGUUGGGUGAAAAGGACAGCUGAUGAAAGUCUGAAUAUCAGUGGCGCGUUCUUACUGUUUAUUUUAAUGUUUAUGUAAAAUUAUGUUCCAGUUACACUUAAUGUUUACAGAUUUUUCAGGUUAAAUAACUGAUGUUAAGCUGUUCUUUAGUCAACUUAUUUUUGGACCAUCAGUUAGACAUGUUCCUUUAUUUCACCAAAAUGAGUGCUCAAAAAAAAAAAAAAAA